AUGAUUACAUCAUUUGAUCACCAGAAAACCUUCAUCACUAAGUCUAUCUAUUUUUCAGCACUUUAUGUUAAUUUGAUAAGAUUAACUUUAAUUAAUCUAUUGAAUAUCUCAAUAUAAGCUAAAUCAUUAGAGUAUACUAAUUUUUUUGGAAAUUUUGUUUACAAGAAUGGUAUAACUAUUAAAAUGUAUGGUUUAGAUUGGAUAGUUUAUAACGGAAGCGGAGUCACAAAUAUUUGCGGAACUACCUAGAUAUUUGGUGGGUGUAAUUCUUUUUAUACUGCUACAACUAUUAUCAAAAAUAUUUAGUUGCCUUGUCAUCAAACUCUGUCAUUUAAUUUUCGAUUUUGGCAGUAACAAUUACCAUUUAUCUUAGUUUGGAUAAUUGGGGGAAUGAAAGAUUGGAGGUCAUAGUAGAUAAUCGUUUAGUUUUUACUGGAUAAUACAGUUCUGAAUCUUCUAAACCUAGUAUUUGUUGUACCUCAGGUUCUGCUUAUGGCGAUGAUGUAAAUUCAGUAAAUAUCGAUAUUGAUCAUUUGAGUGAAUUCGCUACAAUAAAAAUUAUUGGAUAUGAGUAUUAUUGGGGAAUAUCUGAUUUUUAAAUAUGGGUAGGUUAACAAAAUUGUUUUCUAGAAGAUUGUGUUCAUGGUUGUAAUAAUUGUAUUAGGGGUAAUUGUGUUGAGUGUUAAGAAGAAUGGGAAUAUGAUAUUUUAUAAUAAACAUGCUUUCCUUUAUGCGGAGACUAAAUAAUUAUAGAUAAUGAAGAAUGUGAUGAUGGGAAUUAAUAAGAACAUGAUGGUUGUUUUUAAUGCAAAUUUUCUUGCCCAUUAUUUUGUAAAUAAUGUAAAUUUGGCUAAUGCUUAUAAUGCCAGUCAAAUUAUAUGUUAAUUGAUCAAACAUGCAAAGAAACAAAUGAAGUUUAAGAUUAAAAAUCAUAAAACAAAUUCUCAAUUUAGAUUUCUAACUUUUUAGAUUAUGGCAAUUAUUAUCAAAAUUUAUUAAAUGAUUAAUUUGCUAAUCCUUUACCAAUCUCUAAUUUUGAUUGUAAUUUGUAAACACAUGAGAUAUUCGAAUAUUAUUAUCUUCAAUGUGAAACAAAAUUAAUAUAAAAUUGUUUACUUAGUCUAAUGGAUAUUUGUCUGGAAUGUGAAAACUUUUAUAAGUUAUCUUGGAAUAAGAAAGAAUGCAUUCCUAAAUGCGAGGAUGGAAUUACAGUGCAAUAUGAAUUUUGUGAUGAUUAGAAUAAUAUAUAAUUUGAUGGAUGUUAUAAAUGCUAGACAAGUUGCUAAUUAGAAUGCAAAGAAUGUAUAGAAUAACAAUGCUAUGUAUGUAUUGAUGGAUGGUAAAUUAUUGAUAAUAAAUGUUAUUAAAUCUGCGGAGAUGGUUUGCUAGCGAUUUCUUCAAAAGAAUAAUGUGACGAUGGAAACUAUAAUCCUAAUGAUGGAUGUUAUGAUUGUAAAUUUAUAUGCGAUCAAAACUGUUUCUAAUGUUCUACUUCUAACCUUUGUUUUUUAUGUUUUGAAAAUUUCGAAAUGGAUGAGAAUAAUUUAUGUAAACCAAUAUGCGGCGAUGGAAUCAUUGUAUAAGGAUUAGAAGAAUGUGAAGAUUUUAAUGAUAUUCCAUAUGAUGGUUGCUAUUAAUGUAUGUUUCAAUGUGAAUUUAAUUGUUCUAAAUGUUUGUAAGGUAUUUGUUAAGAAUGCGAGGAAGGAUAUGAUUUACUCGUUGAGGGAUGCAAAAAAGUAAUCAUUGCUUAAGAAAUUGAUGAUUUAGAAUAAUCAAAUAAAACAUAAUCAUGCGGAAAUGGAAAACUAUAAAAUUCAGAGUAGUGUGAUGAUGGAAAUCUAGAAAAUUAUGAUGGUUGUUCAAGUAGUUGUGAUAUAGAGGAACUUUGGAUUUGUAAUUUAGAAUAACCAAGUUCAUGCUAUUUAAAAACUAAAUGUUACUUGAAUUAUUUGAAUCAAACAGAAGAACAUUAAUUUGUAUUAAUGUAAUUUUCUAAUCAAGUUAAAUAGAGUUCUAAAUCCAAUUUUACUGAAUCAAUUUUAUCAUAAGUAAUCAAUUUAAAUUAAGAUCAAUAUAUAAUAACUAUAAAUCCAAUAGUGGAUGUUGAUGAAACCUAGUUUGUUAUGGCUGAAUAUGAAUUUGAUAUCUUAUUUUUUAAUAAGAUUUCAAUUUAACCAAAUUUUACUAUCUCAAUCAACUCAUUAUUAAUUGAUAGCAAUAAUAUGACAGUAAAUAUCUCAACUCAGACAAUUUUACUUGAACAACCUAAAUUUUUAAAUUAGGACUAAAUUAAUGUUGCGAAUAAAUUUUAAGCCCUUGGUAAUGCAUUAAUGAUAGGCUUAGGAGCCUUAAGUGUACUAAUGUUAUUUUCUGGAAAUCUAUCAUAAUGCUUAGAAAUUUUUGACAUUUUAUAAUUUUAAUCAUAUUUAAAAUUCAUAAAUGUUGCUUACCCUUAAAAUCUCUAAAUAUAUUUACGCUCAUCUGAUAUUGUAUCAAUUAAUCCAAUUCUGAUAACCUUUAAAAUAAGGGAUGUUUUUCAAACGAUAAUUGAAGAUAACUUUAUUAAAAGCAUAGGCAAAUUAUAAGAGUAUUAAAUUAAUGCUGAUCUAUUAGUAAAUAUUUAGAGCUAGUUUUCAUAAAUCAGCUUAAUUGUUUUGCUGUAUAUCUUUUUAUAUUUCUAUAGAAGAUUCUUUAACAAAUAUUGUUUUAAUUCUAAAUUUAUAUAUUUUAUUAGUUCUAGUAAAUCCAAAAUUUUAGAGAUCAUAGGAAUUAAAUUAUAUAAAUUUAAUAAAAAAUUCAUCAAUCUAAGAAACCUAUAUAAUAUGAAAGGAUUGAGGCAAAUCUGCUACGCAAACGCCUGGGAUUUGCUUUUUAAAGUUAUUUUAUUUGUGACGUCGAACAAUUAGUCAGGAUAUAGAUCAAUAAUCUCUUACUUUAUUAGUUUUGGAAUUUUGAGUUUGUUUACUUUGUUCUUAUGUUUGCAUUUCAAAGGAUUAGAUAAAUCUCCUGAUAUUUCUGAAUUGAGAAAUGAAUAACAUGAUGGUGUAUGUUUAUUAAAAAAACUGUUAUUCAUCUUGAUAUUAAUUAAUUUAUAAGAAAACGACAUCUUUUAAUGCUCGACGAUAACCAUUUUGAUUUUCUCUUAUAUUGGAUUCUUAUUCAUUAUAUAAGAAAAUAUCCCAAAGAUAGAAUUAAUUGGCAUAAUUUGGAUGGAAGCCCCAGUAAUGCUUUUUACAUUUACAAGUUUAAUGUAUUGUUCUGAUUUUUCAAAUUAUUUGACAACUGAUUUCUAAAUUUUGUUAGGCUUUGGUUAAAUUGGAGUUUUGAUUCUUGGCUUAUUAGGACCUCUUAUUAAAUUUGGAAUUAAACUCCACAGAGAUCUUUAGGAAUAUUUUAGAACAAAGAAAAAUAAAGUUCUUAUCAAAUUCCAAAUUAAUAAAAUAUUAGGAUUUGAGCAAAUCAAUUGA